GCAGCAGAAGAGCCUGUCUUGGAGAUUAUCCCAGGGAAAUCCUGAGGUCAUUCAUUAUGAAGUGCACCGCCCAGGAGUGGCUCCAAGUAACCGCAGUGCUAUUCAUGGCUAGAGCAAUUCCAGCUAUGGUGGUUCCUAAUGCCACUUUUCUGGAGAAACUUUUGGAAAAGUACAUGGAUGAGGAUGGUGAGUGGUGGACGGCCAAGCAGAGAGGAAAAAGAGCCAUCAUGGACGAUGAUAUGCAGAGUAUCUUGGACCUUCAUAAUAAAUUACGAAGUCAGGUGUAUCCAACAGCUUCCAAUAUGGAGUACAUGACAUGGGAUGUAGAGUUGGAAAGAUCUGCAGAAGCUUGGGCUGAAACUUGUUUGUGGGAACAUGGACCUGCAAACCUGCUUCCAUUAAUUGGACAGAAUUUGGGAGCGCAUUGGGGAAGAUAUAGGCCUCCAACCUUUCAUGUACAAGCAUGGUAUGAUGAAGUGAAAGACUUCAGCUACCCAUAUGAGCAUGAAUGCAACCCAUAUUGUCCAUUCAAAUGUUCCGGUCCUGUCUGUACUCAUUAUACACAGGUGGUGUGGGCAACAAGUAACAGAAUAGGUUGUGCCAUUAAUUUGUGCCACAACAUGAACAUCUGGGGGCAGAUAUGGCCCAAAGCUAUCUACUUGGUGUGCAAUUAUUCCCCAAAGGGAAACUGGUGGGGCCAUGCCCCCUACAAACAUGGACGACCCUGUUCUGCUUGCCCAGCUAGUUUUGGAGGGGGCUGUAGGGAAAAUCUGUGCUACAAAGAGGGAUCAAACAGCUAUUACUCUCCUCGAGAGGAAGAAACAAACGAAAUUGAACGGCAGCAGUCACAAGUCCGUGACAUUCACGUUCAGACAACAGCAGACGAUAGUGACAGAAAUGAAGUCGUAAGCACACAGCAAAUGUCCCAAAUUGUUUCUUGUGAAGUAAGAUUAAGAGACCAGUGCAAAGGAACAACCUGCAAUAGAUAUGAAUGUCCUGCUGGCUGUUUGGAUAGUAAAGCUAAAGUUAUCGGCAGUGUACAUUAUGAAAUGCAAUCUAGCAUCUGCAGAGCUGCAAUCCAUUAUGGCAUAAUAGACAAUGAUGGUGGUUGGGUCGAUAUCACUAGACAAGGAAGGAAACAUUAUUUCAUCAAAUCCAAGAGAAAUGGUGUUCAAUCAAUUGGCAAAUAUCAGUCUGCUAAUUCCUUCACAGUCUCGAAAGUAACAGUUCAGGCUGUCACCUGUGAAACAACUGUGGAACAGCUGUGUUCAUUUCAUAAACCUGCUUCGCAUUGCCCAAGAGUAUACUGUCCUCAUAACUGUAUGCAAGCAAAUCCACAUUACGCUCGUGUAAUUGGAAAUCGAAUUUAUUCUGAUAUGUCCAGUAUCUGCAGAGCAGCAAUACACGCUGGGGUGGUUCGAAAUCAUGGUGGCUACGUUGACAUUAUGCCUGUGGACAAAAGAAAGACUUACACGGCUUCUUUUCAGAACGGAAUCUUCUCAGAAAGUUUACAGAACCCUCCAGGAGGAAAGGCAUUCAGAAUAUUUGCUGUUCUGUGA